UCCAGCGGUUGUUACGAAUGUUUGUUGUGGAUACAACGCGUGCCACCAGCUAUCCGUCCACUGGCGAUGACCAAUGCUAACGAGCCAACGGUGGGAGAGCUUCGCGUGAUGCUAGCUGACGAGAGGCGCAGCAGCCAGCAGCAUCGCACCGAUUUGGACAAGUUAAAGGCUGCACACGUCAGCUUGCAGGAGGACUAUGUGAGGCUUCAGAAGGACUUGAGAGAUGCUCUGCAGUCUAUCCAGGACGUCCGAGCAAACCAUGCUAAUAUUCUACAGAGAGCAGACAAAGUCAUCACUCAGAAAGACGCUAUCAUCAAGGAAAUCCGAGUUCAGCUGAGCUCUACGGAUCGUAGGAAACUACGGACAGAAAUAGAGGAGGAAGUUCGGGCAAACUUUGCUGAGUAUGUUCAGCAGCAACAGCUGAGCCACGAAAAAGCAAGGCUGUCGCUUCAUGAAGCGAACCGGGAAAAUGCAAUGUUAAAAGCUCAACUUGAGAAUGAGAGACGGGCCCACCAAAGGUCAGAAGAGGAGCUUAAACUCAAACAGAAGGCCGAGAUCAACAGACUUCAAGUUGAGCUGCAGCGUCUUCAUUCCCAAGAAAACCCCACAGGUGCUCACGAGGUGCUGAGCCGAUUGCUGAAACUUCAGCGAGAAUAUGCAGAUUUACAGUUAAAAAUGAAGAAUACUCUAAUAGAAUCUAAAGAUGCAAAACGGGACAAGGAUGCUGUUUUUGCUGAGCAGAAGGUGCAAUUGCAAAGGCAUGCCGAAGAAAUGGCAGCAGCUGAAGACUUAAGGCGGAACUUGGAGACAAAGCUGAGGAGCGCCCAGUCACAACGAGAUGCUUUUGAUCAGACGGUGUGCAAGUUCAGACAAGAGGUUGGCAACCUUUCCCUGCAACUUAGCAGCCUUGAGGAAGAAAAGCUGAAGCUGAAGGGACAGCUUGCAGACUCUGAACAGCGGCACAAAGCUGAGUUGUUGCAGCUGAAGUUAGACACUGUGAAGCAGAAGGCUGAACUGGAGAACACACAUAGAAAAGCUAUGGUGGAGUUAACAAAUGCCAAACUGGACGCCAAACUAGCACUGAAAGCUGCCAACGAACACAAGAGGACAGCUGCUGAGAAAGAGAAGGAGACAGAACGGAGGCACCAGCUGACACGGACCAAAGACUGGGACCGUGCCCGGCAACUGGAAUCUGAGAAAGUGCUUUUGGAGGCCCAGCUUUCGGAGGUGGCCACUGCCAAGGCUGCAGCCGACCAGAGACUGAUGGAAGCCGAGAAGCAGAUGAAGCGGCUUAAGCAGGCCCAGGAGAGCCAGCGUCAAGAACUCGAGGAAGAGAUGCUGGCUCUCAGGACCAGGCUGAAGGCGAGCUUGGCCGUCAGGGAGGACACCAACAAGGUGACUGCCGAAAACCACGUUCUACGACAGAAGCUGGAGCUUUUGGAAGAAGAGCGCAGGAAAGACCGGGCAGCAAUCGAAGGCACAAUGCAGCAGAAGGACGGCCUUUCGGAGACGGUCGAGAGGCUGAAGUCGGAGCUUCAGGGUGCCCAAUUAGAUGUUAUGAAGAUUAACGAGCAGAAUCAAAAAGUCAACAUGCAGAUGAAGUUGUCAUGGGAACAGGAGAAAUAUGACUAUGUAAAACGAAUUGAGGAGCUUGAGUCUGACUUAAGACAGGCUCACAAAGAGUUCAACAGGAAACUGAGAUCUCUUAAACAGAAAAACAAACAAUUUCAGAAGACUGUAAGUGCUUACCAUGCCAAAAUCAAGGAGCUGAAAUCAGCAAACCGCCAGAUUGAAUCUGAGGCACACCAGCUCAGGCAGAAUGUGCCACUCGAUAUUCACAACCAACUUCAGCAUAAACUGAAGAAACUGCGUAGGAAACAGCAAGAGUUUCGAUCUUUGCUAGACUUCUCCCCACCCCCAGAGGAAGAAGGAAAAGCUCAAGGCACUGGUGACCUCGCUGCUACCACAAGAAAGCAAAGCAGUGACAUUUUUGAAGUGAAGAAGAAGCUGGAUCACCUUGAUGCACAGCAGCAAAAGCAGAUGGAUCAGCUGACAAUGUUGGUGAACCAAUUAUCUACGAAACUGCAAGAAAGCUCACCAAGCAAUGUCAGCAGCUGCUUGUCAAUGAAGCAAAGUGCGGAAUCCGAGUCCAGCUCGGAGUCUGCAAGCACCAAGAAGAGCUGAGCUCCCAAAGCAUGUGUCAAAGUAUGAAAAUAUAAUUUGAAAUUUACUCAACAGGCUUCAUACUAUCUAACUAUACUUGGCAUCAACUAUUUUGUGCUAUAUUGUCAAAGCUAGCAUAGCUUUCACAGUGCCACAACAUGUCUCCUUUGCUUGAGAGCGAGUGCGAAUGAGAUGCAAGAUGAAGCCACACGCUAUCGUAGUAGUGCAGAGCUGCAGGACUCUGGAAGAUGUUUUAGCCUUGACAACGUAGCACUAAAUAGCUGAUGCCAAGUAUAGAAUAAUAGACAUGAGACUAGAUGAAUAAACUUUCAGUUCAAGUCACAUGUUUAUAAUUGGACGUGUGUAAACUUUGCACAAAAAAAAGAAAGAAAAGCUAUAGGAUAUGGGAUGUAGCAAUCCUGAUCUGAAAAAAAUAACUUGGUGGUAUACACCGUAAAAUACUGCGGAAGUGCCUACUUCGUUCAAGCGCCCACUAUUACUAUUUCCCCAAACUUGGGAAUUUUGCAAAGUAUACAUUAAGUGCCCGAUUUGACCGGACAAGUUCCCAUGUCUAGAUUAACCCAGUUUUCAGUGAAAGUGCUGUGGGCACUCCCCCGGUAUUUUGCGCUGUAUAGGGUGUCUGAAAUACGAAGGCUGAAUCUAAAAUGGGCUGUAAAAGUCGCCGCCUGCACGUAACAUUCUAAACUUGUUGUCAAAGUUGAAUUUCACAGGCGAGUUUAUUUUGUAAAAUCACAGAGUAUAGCUCCCUUUCUGUAAAAAAUAGGGCCAAAAAUCUUGCCAGGGUCAAUGGCGGAUGGCAACGCACACGACCUAGUCGAGUGGCGGGGCGCGUUUGAUGCACGUAUUGAUAGAUGGUAUCAAAAGCACUGUUGGAAAACGUAGCCGAUCAACGAAAAAAGGCAGACGACGUCAAACGAAAUUUGUCGGCAGCAAGAGCGCUGUCGUUAUGUAACCGCAUUUUCUUUUUUGUUAGUUCAGGUUUUGCUAUCAUUGUCCACAUUUAUUUUUAAACCAAAGUAAAGGUACAUUACAAAAAACUUGUGCUCAUUUUAAUAGACCAUGGUCAUCGCGAGCAGUCUUGAUGAGGAGGUAGCACCAUGUAUCAAUACAUGCGCCAAACACGCCCCACGACUCGACUUCGUCGUCUUCAUCGCCGUCCACCAUUGACCCUGGCAAGUUUCUGGCCCUUUUUUUUACAGAAAGACAGCUACAUUUGUAAUUUUACAAGGUAAAACCCACUUGUGAAAUACACCUUUGACGAAAAGCUUAAGCUACUAACAGGUGCCAAUUUUUACGGCCCAUUUUAGAUCCAGCCUUGGUAUUGCAGACACCCUAUAUAUCGGCUCUCCAUGGAAUGAAAGUACAGACCUCAAAGAGUCUGUAUAAAAUUCAAAGUUAACCGAGAUGCUAUAUGGCCCAGUUGUCUUUGGCAUAUUUCACAACUAGUACUAGCGCCUAUUAGUAUAUUUAACGUCAUCAUGCGUGUUUGAUACACCUGCCCCAAUCCUUUGAAAUAAAAAGACCCGUGUAACACUUAAAAAUUCUACAACCCCGUGCGGCUAUCGUGACAUCGCGAAGCUCCAAAAUAGUUUCACCGUCCACGCUGCACUUACAAUCGUUCCCGUGAGGACAACAAAAACGAUGGCGCGGAUUUUCCAGUGAGUCCUCGAUGCUCUGAGAGUCCGGACGACGUCUUCAACCUGUUUCCUGGUAUGGGCCGGGUCCGUCGAGUUGUCGAUCACGAAGUCGGCCAAUGCGCACUUCUGCUCAAGGGGCAGUUGCGCUCGGAUUCGGCUCUGCGCGUCCUCGGCGCUCAGUCCGUUCCUCAGCAUCAGCCGAAUCAGCUGCUGCUCCGGCGUACAGUUCACCACGAUGACCUUGUGGAGGAACCGUAGCACGGUCUUGGUCUCAUAGAGUAAAGGCACGUCGAUGACGACGAACUGAUGUCCCUUGAGCAUCAACUUCAGGCACUGGGCUGCCAUCUCUUUGUGAAUCUCGGGAUGAGUGAUCCGGUUCAGCACUUUCCGCCUGGUGACGUCGCUGAACACGAUGCGCCCGAGAGCGGGACGGUCUAGCUGACCGUUGCUGAGGAAGACCUCGGCGCCGAAUUCGCGUCGGAUCUUGAACCAUGCCGGCUUUCCCGGUUCGACCACGUCUCGCGCGAUGCGGUCGGCGUCGAUCACUUCGACGUCGAGGCUUCGGAGGAUGCCCGUUACGCUGCUCUUUCCAGAGGCGAUGCCACCGGUGAGUCCCACCAGAUACAUGGUGUGGUUCGCUGUGGGUACCGCAGCGGAUCUUCCAGGUGAUCACGUCUCAAUCUCGCAGCGUUUUUGAUCUGGAGAAUGCUUGGAGAAGGAAGACUGCGGGCAACGAAGGACAGGCCAGCGACCGGGAAAACUUGGGAGGAAAAAUGGGCCGAGAUUUCACCAUAACACGUUCUC